AUGGCAGGCAGCGGGCGGCUGGCGAUGCGGACGCUUUCUAGGUGCGGCUGGAUUCGCGUUCUGUGGAUCCACCAUCGCUGGCCUUUCCUUGUUGUCCCCAAGUGUUAUGAAGCUGGUGCACACCCAGGAACCUGAGCAGUGGCUGGAACUGUUGCUGGAGCCAGGCUCCCUCUAUAUUUUAAGGGGUUCAGCCCGAUAUGACUUCUCCCAUGAGAUCCUUCGAGAUGAAGAAUCAUUUUUUGGGGAGCACCGGGUCCCCCGGGGCCGGCGCAUCUCAGUGAUUUGCCGCUCCCUCCCUGAGGGGAUGGGGCCAGGAAGGUCAGGAGAGCCACCCCCAGCUUGCUGACACUUAUCCUCUGGACUUGUGAAUAAAGUUGAAAAAAGAA